AUGAACUCCUCCUUUCCUACGGGAUCAUUAUCCAAUGACCUGAAUAACGGCCAAGGAGCAGCAAAUGCUACGUUUCCUGGCUUCUUCCAUGGAGAAGCACGGCUUGAUGACCUCGGACCAACAACGAGAAUUUCAGUAUGGUUGCUUCUAGGGGCGGGGUUUGUGUUCCUGCUCUUGCGCCUCGCAAUUUGCAACAACAUAGCCAUUAACCUAGGAUAUGGCAAGCAUGUGUGGCAGAUACACUUUCAGAAUCUGAACGACAUGUACCUGGUUGGGCAAGUCACUAUUACUUUAACAAUUUGUGCCGCAGCGUGGAGCAAGACUUCUUUCGGCAUCACGCUAUUGAUGAUCUCGGACGGGAUUCACGGCAAAACGCGAGUCUUUAUCUGGUUCGCCUUGGUGUCCAUGAACCUGCUCCUGGGCACCACUGCCAUGUUAUUUUGGGUGGGAUGCACGCCAUUGGAGAAGGCAUGGCAUCCGUUCAUCAGGGGGACCUGCUGGAGCCCCAAUGUCCUGAUAACGUACAAUGUCUUCACCAGCGGUGAGUACCUAGACUUUUGGCCCCUAUUUUGCAUGGCGGAAGAGGACACUAAUGAAUCGAUAUCAUAUUGCAGCAUACUCUGGGGUUAUGGACCUGGUCCUUGCCAUCAUCCCGUGGGGGAUUAUCAUGAGUCUUCACAUGCACACCAAGGAGAAGAUUGUGCCGCCGCGUCGGCGUUCAUCAAAUGCUCCUCUCUCCCCGAGCUCGGAGGGCGGGAUUUCCCCCACGAUGGGGUGACGUUGGUUAUUUGGGGCAGCGCCGAAGCUGCUGUCACCAUCAUGGCGGCAUCGGUACCAAUGCUGCGCAUGUUGGUCCAUGGUACCAAAGCGUCAGGGAGGGAGAGUCGCACUCGGACUAGCGAAAAUAGAUCACGAAGGACAUACAACACAACAGGGUCGUCCAGAAGGGUCUAUUACUACAACAAGCCCAGACGGGAUCUUGUGACAAUGACUGGUUCGACGUGGACUGGGAGAAGCCGCUGA